AUGGGAAUGCGGUUGAACACGACGUUUCCGAGCGGACGGCCACGAGGCGUUCCUCGCCCAGGCCAGGACUUCGAGCGGACCGAAAUCACUCCGAUCCAGUACGACCCGAACCACCCAUUCAAGUGCAACAACUUUGUCUACCGUCUCGCGCUCCCCUCAGGCGUUGUCGGUUCCUCGUGCAAAUUCAGACAGCCGGGCUGCGUCCCUAUCCCGAUCGGUGCAAAGGAGUUCAUCCCCCGUCUGAGCAACUCCGAGGCCCAUGGAAUGCACCAAGAGACCCGGGUGCAGAAUGAAGUUAGCAUGCUCACCCUAGCCUCGGCCGCCCUGCGUCAUAUUGAGCCCCACGUUGAUUACCCGCUUCCCGAGAGCAUCAAGGGCUGGGGAGGAGUCACGUUUGAUGACAGCGGUGCCAUUGUCAGCGCUCCAAUGGUCAGUGUCGGUGCGGGACCUUGGUCUUCUCUGGAAGAGUCCUACCGGGAUCGCCUGAAAGCGGCGCUCGCCAAGACCGACACGAACCCAACCUUCAGGGUUGGCGAGCAAAGGGCAUCAGAGGGCGAAUCGACGCCCCCUGAUAAUCUUCUCUACGACCCCGCGACGGGCCGUAUCACGGCGCUCCUCGACUAUGACUUCUCUAGUAUUCAGCACCCGGCAUACGAGUUCUUCCGCUCCUUUGCUACCAAUGGUGGCCAGCUUUGUGGCUGGUUAGACGAUAAUACCCUACAGGGACAAGAGGCUGAAUUACUGCGCAAUGCUAAACUCAGUGGCCAGUUUCCCUCGCCUCUUCCGACUCGGACAGAUUCCCACGAUGGCGGGUUGGCGGUUGAUUGGGAGCUUGCGCAAGUGUGGGAGGAAGCGCUGCAGAAGCUAGACGUCAAGCGCCCGAGCACAAUUCCCGGCAUUGACAAGCUUGCCGAUGCGGACGAGGUCUUGGGCUCCCUUCUGCCCUGGAGACUGGCCAAUGAGGAUUUAUUGAGGAUGAACCAGGAUGAGGACACGAGAGCGGCGCUGAAACGCAUUGCUGAGGGACACCUUAUAAGCUUGCUAGAUCAUCUAGGAUCUUGA